CUCCAUUUUGUAGGCAAUGUUUUUCCUGGAGGUUAGCGCCUACUUUCCUAAUGGCUAGCUGCGUGUCAACAUAGCUCCGCCAGUUUAACGCGGUUUGCAUGUCAAUUCGCGGCCAGGUCGGAGCGGAGGACCGAGAGGGCUCGUCACCGCUCGCAGCUCGCGGGGUUUUCGUCGUUUGGUCCCCGGGCAUGCAGGGAGGACACCGCGCGCGGAGCAGACACGUUAACAAACAUUGAGUCGGUGUUGCGUGCUGUGGGCUGCCACUCUCAACCAAAACAAUGUUGACAAACGACCUGUGGACGCGCACCAACCAGCCAUUUCAAGGAUGGAAAAAUGUGGCGUGAAGAAGAUAAUAUAUAGAAGAGAUGACCAUCUAAGCAAACUUGUCUACACUGAAAGCCCCGAGGAGGGAGGUCUGUUGAAAGUGGCUCCUCACACUGCUAUAUCCAUCACCUCAGCCACCAUAUAUCCAUCCAGCCCUUUGAUGCAGCCAGGACAGGUACCUAACGGCCUCAGCAACAGCCCCCUUCCAGAGGAGCUCACCCCCAUCUCUGUCACUGCCACACUCGGCCCCCUGUUGGAAAUCCCAGAGCCCUGGGGCCUGACCAAAGAUCAGAAGUCUAAGCAGCAGUUGCCCCAGACACAGACGUUUGGGCGUCAAAACUUGGGGGACAAUUUGCCCCAGUUGCAGGCCACUAUACUAGACAUUACCCAGUCCUCCAUGGAUUCUCUUAUUGGGGGAUCAGAUCCAAACUUUUUUGCCAUGAAAACAGAGGAUUUCUCAAUGGAUAAAGGAGACCAGGAUCCUAUUGACCUCGAUCAUGCUUUUGAUCACAUGGGGAAAGAUGUGGACGUGAACCAAAAGUUGUUCAGUGAUAACACUCUGGAUCUGCUCCAAGACUUUGAGCUGACUGGGUCCCCCUCAGACUUUUACGUAGGUGAUGAUGCUUUCCUGUCCACUCUGGCAGAUGAUUCUCUGCUUGGAGAUGUUGGCUCGGAGAGGGACAUUAAGCCAGCCGUGGUCGAGAGUGGUAAUGGCAGUGGGGCAGUCUCUGUCGCUCUCAACGGCAGCAUUAUGACAAGUCCAGAUCAGUCCAGCCCUAGCAUAUCCACAGCCUCCCUCCAAACGUCUACAACCACUUUGUCUGCAUUGGUGAAGAAAGAAAAAGAUACUAGCCUCAUUCAGCUCUGCACCCCAGGUGUGAUCAAACAGGAGAAGAUGUCUACCGGCCAGAGUUACUGCCAAAUGAGUGGCACGUCCUCCACAGGCCUGUCCAGCUCUAGCCCCAUUUCCAUCUGUGGGGUCAGCACUUCAGGAGGACAGAGCUACCACUUUGGGGUCACCCCCAGAAGCAGUGAAGCUCAGCAGAUGAAGGAACAGAAGGCAGUGUCAAAACUGUAUCUCCCAGUGACGACCAUCAGUGGAGCCUGGAACAGGGGCCAGGGUCUUGCGGACAACUCACUGAUGCAGAGGGCCAGCGAGUCUUUCUCAAGCUCUCCCUCCUUCCUUACCAGCUUUGCAAGUUCUACCUCGAGGGAAGGAGGCCACGCUACAUCCUUAGCUCAGGCAAAGAGCGGGAAUCAUAAAAUCUGCCUAGUGUGCUCUGAUGAGGCGUCAGGCUGCCACUACGGCGUUCUCACCUGUGGCAGCUGCAAAGUCUUCUUCAAGAGAGCAGUGGAAGGGCAGCAUAAUUACCUUUGUGCCGGGAGGAAUGACUGCAUAAUAGACAAGAUCAGGAGAAAGAACUGCCCGGCCUGCCGCUUCCGGAAGUGUCUGAUGGCAGGCAUGAACCUAGAAGCACGCAAAACCAAGAAGUUGAACCGCUUAAAGGGCAGCCAGCUGAGCAACCCGCCCGAGGUGACGACAACUCCACCGGUCGAGGCUUGCCCUCUGGUACCCAAGUGCAUGCCUCAACUCGUCCCCACAAUGCUUUCCCUGCUGAAGGCCAUUGAGCCGGACACCAUCUUCGCCGGCUACGACAGCACCCUGCCCGACACCUCCACCCGCCUCAUGACCACCCUGAACAGGCUGGGCGGCCGGCAGGUCAUCUCUGCUGUCAAGUGGGCCAAAUCUCUGCCAGGUUUCAGGAACCUUCACCUGGAUGACCAGAUGACCCUGCUGCAGUGCUCAUGGCUCUUCCUCAUGUCUUUCGGUCUGGGCUGGAGGUCUUACCAACAAUGUAAUGGCAACAUGCUGUGCUUCGCGCCCGACCUUGUCAUCAAUGAGGAGCGGAUGAAGCUGCCCUACAUGGCCGACCAGUGUGAGAUGAUGCUGAAGAUCUCAACCGAGUUAGUGCGGCUGCAGGUUUCCCACGAAGAGUAUUUGUGCAUGAAAGUCCUGCUGCUGCUCAGCACAGUGCCAAAGGACGGUCUGAAGAGCCAGGCGGUGUUUGAUGAGAUUCGGAUGGCCUACAUCAAGGAGCUGGGGAAAGCUAUCGUGAAGCGUGAGGAGAACUCCAGCCAGAACUGGCAGCGUUUCUAUCAGCUCACCAAGCUGCUCGACUCCAUGCAUGAGAUGGUUGGAGGACUGCUCAACUUCUGCUUCUACACCUUUGUGAAUAAAUCCCUGAGUGUGGAGUUCCCAGAGAUGCUAGCAGAGAUCAUCAGCAACCAGUUACCAAAAUUCAAGGCCGGGAGCGUCAAACCCCUCCUCUUUCACCAGAGAUGACUGGGCCCCGCAACAGACACGAUGCCUUAAAAAUCCCACCACGUCACCUCGCGUCCCCACCUGCACCCCGCACGCCCACCUACCCCCAAUUCCCACCCACCUCCACCCCUCCGGAGAGGGGCGAUGUAAGGACUGAGGGUCUGAGGCGAGGAGCGAAUGAUGUUAUGCAACUUUGUGCAGUGGCUCACAGGUCUGGAGGGAGGAGAGCGGAGAGAGAGAGAGAGAGAGAGAGAGAGAGAGGAUGACUGGAAAUGAAUCCAGACUGAGCUCAGAGGUUCUUGUGUUGUUGAGCGAUCUAAGACGUAGUGUUUAACAACAAGUAGGAAAAUAUUUGUCAGAUAAAAGAUAAUCAAGAGAAAUAGGCUAACAUCCACGUUGUCUCAGGUUUCUUACCUUCAGAUACAAACCGAUAUCUAAGAUAGAUGAAACAAAUAUCUAUGUACAGGUUCUGAUAGUAUUUUCUACAUUUUCAAAUUGUAACAGUUUAUACAGUUUUUCCAGGUCAUUGUUACCUGGGAAGGUAACGAAGCUUAAUUAAUAACACGCUCUUACGUAGGCUUUUAGACUGUACGUUCCUCUUUAAGUUUUUCUAGGAGGUUAUAACAAAACGUUUGUCAGUCAAACGGGGGGGGGGAACUCCAGUCGUUUAAAAAGCAUAUUUCUGCUUUGCUUUGAUUGAUACUUUGGACAUACGUAACAAUUCUGUUGGACUGUUAAACAACAUUUGACAGGAUGAUUUCUCCCACAAGCCAACCUCUUCCAGGUUUACACAGGUCUAUUUCAAAAGGGAAAAAAUAUGUGCCUUGUUUGCUUCAAAUAUCAUCUUAGCCAUUUUUCUUCCUACUUGUCUAAGGCGUGUUUAUCUUUAACCCACCACAGUCUUCCUUCAUCGUACGUUGAUUGUACUUUUUAUAUCACAUGCAGUUGCAAGUUUUCCUUUUGUUUUUGUUUUCCAGUGUGUUUCUGUUUAGAAGUGGCAGCUCGGUCCAUCGUCCGUGUGUCGAACUGAUCCUUAUUCUUAGGAAAGAAUAUUCAAAGCCUGCCUCCCACACAAUUAACUCCAUGUUUAAAGUGCGCUUCGAGCACUUAGUUCCGUGCUAAAGGCUUUAAAAGACUGUGAAGAGACUGUUGUGCUGCACAGUCAUUACUAUAUGAGUUUAGAUGAAACUUAAAACUGUCUCUAAUAGGAAAUAGCUCCCGUUGAUGUUUAUUUUAGACCCAACUCCAGCCCCAAUAGACUAAUAAUGGAAAAUGAGAUUUGUCUGUCUACCAAUCAGAAAUUGGAGGCCAUAUAUUAUGUUUGCAAGAUUAUGUCAUUUUUGAUUUAUCAGAAAAAUUCUGUCGUUCUACAAUGGCUCCGAAUGGUUGAUAAAAAGCCGUCCUUCAUGUUUUCCAGCUCUUUUUACACUCUGUCUUAUAAAAUUGACAAAGAUGCCGUUUUGAUUCCGCCACUGACGAUCCUUCAACACUUUAUCCACGCUCUGUCAUUUCUAUUCUGGAAAUUACUGGGUUGCUUUUAUUUGUUGAAGGACUGGUUUACCAUUCUGGGAGAUAUGUUGACUUGCCAUCAUGUGCAGAGUUGAGUAGAUCAGCGACAGUGACGUAUCUGGACAGUAAAUGUCACGUUGGAGUGAGCAGUUGUUGAGCUGAGCUGAGUAAAUGGACUGAAAACUGGGGAACAAGUAAGUCUGACUUUACCAGCUCCUCAAAACACAUCUGGCACUUAGUGGAGGACGUACCUCCAGAUCCCCUGAAAUUCAAUCACGCGGCACCUGAUUUCCCACACUCAUAGAUAUUUGUUCCCUUAAUGUGCCUUUUUUUUUUACCAAGAUCCAUGAAUAUUUCCUGGGGAAAAGAGUGAACAUGUUGAGAAGCCCCUUGAGAAGCCAGCCCCCCACCCCGUAUCCAGACCCGCAGACUUUAAUGGGUUCUUCCCUGUCCUAUAACACAUCCAAACCAACAAGCAGACGGGUGAAAACAAAACCUCAGAACAGAGAACACUGCUUUACGUGAGCUUGUAUGACGAGACCUUUUCUUAGCUGGUAUUUUUCUGGACUCUUCGCUGGUUGCCUAGUAACUGGUCCUCAUCAUGAAGGCCUCUCUCCUUCGUAUUUACUGUACAGACACAGGGAGUGGUAUCAAAUCUCAGAAAAAGUGAAAACGCGUAAUUCCUGUGAACAGUUAGUGUGAUUGACAGCUCAUCUAAAGAGUGUUGUGGAUCAGCUGUUGGCAGAUUCAUUCACCUGUAAACCUCCCACAGCUGCUGAAGACCCCCCGGACCCCCCCUGCUUUAACCCCUCUGCCCUGUCAGCCCCUUGUCUUUAUGUCUUUGUAUCUUUUAGUACUUUUGCACGUUUUUAUUUGUUUGUCUGUGUAUUUAGUCAAACACAAUGUUGGACAGCACUUAGGAUCCGUCACCUGACAGAGUCCAGGCCGCUGACUGGGAGGCAGACAAAAUGAAUCCUUUAUUCUCUGGGAACUAUUUCAGUGCCAAACUCCCGUUUUGUCUGUUUCCAGUGAUGCUGAAACUUUGUCAGUGUUUGUAUCAAAAGAGAAAAACUGAGUCCCAGCAAUGAAGCUGAUCAAAUUUGUCUGAACAGAUUUGAGACGGGGUCAUUAGCGAGGAGUGGAAAGUAUUCGGAACACAAGGCACUCAGAUGUGUUGUGUAAUCACAGAUUCACGUAGGUCUGUCAGUAUCCCCAAUUCCUGUGUGUGGUGUAAAUGGUGAUUUGAAUUGCGUGUUUUCAUCUGUCGAGUUUGUCACCGGCGUGUUUCACAACCCCCGACAUGCUGUUUGUGUUUAUUAAAGCACAAAAUAAUCCAGGUUUUGACACGAAUGUGACUCGUACGGAGGAAUUAAUUCAGAUGAAAAGAUAAUUGGAUGAAUAUGUGAAGUGAGCGAGUAGAAAAAUGUCAAAAUGUCCUAAAAUAUCCCAACAAGGAAUUUAAAAAGCACUAAUAAACAUGAAGCCACUCCCACACUCAGGUUGUUGAAACUUUGUCAGAUUCACAGUAUGUGCUCGUCAAUGUGUGGUCGUUAAUGUCAAGAACCAAAAAACAGGAACAAUGAAAACACAGAUGAGGAAAGGUUUAGUCUUUUUUCACCAAUGUUCUCCCACCGCUGACAUUCAUACCCAGGCUCCGAAAACAGGACACUUUGUAUUUCUUUUUAAAAAAAAUCUUAAUUUUGUUCAGAAAACCUCAUUAACUGCAUUGGGUUUACUCAUGGGUUACUUUCACAUUCAGUGAAUCCAGAUCUCUGCUGCUGCUGCUGCUGCUGCUCAUGUAAACAGGUUUAUAUACAUCUAUAUAUGUGAAGUCACACACUUGCCUCUUCUUCUUGCUCAAAAAUGUAUCCCUGCUUGUACAUUUUUGAGGAGGACAACUGAAUAUGCAAUAGAAAUGACAGAUUAUCUAUCACCAUCACACAAGAUGUGAUAUACUCUUUUUAUUUUAUUUUUCUGAUAUAAGCUAUUUGCAUAUAGGAGAUUUACACUCAACUUCAGGAACAGAUUCACUUCACGUCAGUACCCAGUCCACACAGACUGCACAAACAAGCCUAUUUGAUGUUUAAAUACAAGGUGACCAAAGCACGUACAGACAGAUUCAACAUGUCCGUGUAAACCAAGUAGCACAUAGUUGACAAAUGUACAGUUCUUUUUUUUUUAAACACAUUUUUCACUCCAACAUUGAUGGCUUUGGUCAAAUUGUGUAAUACUGUGAAUAGGAUAGGAGUCAGUCUUUUUCACACAAACUGUUUGUGAAAGUAAUCAACCAGCUUGAAUCUAAAAAGAUUUGCACUACCCAAAUAUUGUUUGAAAAUCUAUUUUGUAUAAAAUAUAUGCAGACAUUAACUUUUGAGAAUUAUCAAGGGCAGAUCAUGUUUCACUGGUAUAUGCUUUCUCUAAAAAAAAAAGCUUUGUUUUGCUUUUUAAAAAAAAAAAUCAAAUAUGUACAUAUAAUCCAUUGUAAAGAAAAUGUGGUGUAAUUGUCUCCAGAUAAUAGUUUUUCUAUACGGACUCUGUAUUAUUUCUCCUCUGUAGUGUGACUCCUGUCGAUCUUUUCCCCUCUUAUUGAUUAAAGGUCGAACUGUAUGUCUUUGUGUGGUACUUCUCAAAACAAGGAACUGUAUGCUGAUCUUUGCCAUGAUGUUAACUGGAUGAUUAAGAACAAUGGAAACGGUCCGGCUUGUUGUUGUAUGCCACUUUUCAUGAUCACAGCAAGCACUUGUACAUCAAAUAAACGCGCUUUUCCAUUCUGA